UUGUGUUCCGAAAAUACUCCAAGAAGAGUUCGUAUGUAGUGAUCCAGAUUUUCUUGAGAUGUUCUUCGAGCAAAUACGAACUGAGUGUGGAACAUCCAAGUUGGACUGUACAGGCGUCCCUGCACCACAGUGCGAUGACGAACAACUAUCCAACGCGAGGAAAAUUUGCGAUUACAAAUAUGCGGAUGAGCACGGAACCAUAGCUCCAAAACGUCGUGCAGCCCUAAAACCUAGGGAUCUGAGCCCUGCUGAGGUGCACAGACUACAAUGCUGUCAAAUGGAAUACAACAAGGUUUGUGUUCCACGAAUUCUCAAACUUGACGGAUGCAGCGAUCCAGAUUUUAUUGAGAUCUUCCUCGAGCAAGUACGCGAUGAAUGUGGAACUUCCAAGUGGAACUGUGGGACUGCACCGAAGUGCAACGAGAAAACAGUGACCGACGCCGACACUGAGUGCGGCACAAAAUACACGCAGGAGCACGACGCUAGUACUCUAAAACCCAAUGAAGACAAGAGCAACGAGAUGCGCAAGCAACAGUGCUGUUCCAUGGAAUACAGCAAGCACUGUGUUCCCGAAGUGCUAAAAAGGAAAGGAUGCAGUGAUGAGAUUGCUGCGUCUUUCAUUGCACAGAGGAAGAAGCUGAUGGUGGUAAUGUGUGGAACGUCGAUGGGGCACUGUGAUUUCUACAAGAGCAAGAGCACUGGCCAUAUAAUACAUCCCAUAUGGACUUCGUCAACAUUCAUCUUUGUGAUGUCGGUGGGAACAAGCGGCUUUUACGGCCGGUUAUGAUAUCUGCAGGGUUAACUUACCAUUAUAAAUGAUC